AUGGAUUCAAUUAAUAGUGGAAUUGAAAUAACUGUAUUGUAUUCAAUAGUCACUGAUCGUGCCUUAGAUGUUUAACUCGACAAAAUACAUUUUCAUAUUAACAAUAUUUAAUAAGUUUGCAUUCAACUAAAUACUUUAUCAAACCUGAAAAUUAAAGGUAUAUUUGGAUGUCAGAAAAAUGUAGAAAAAGAAAUUUAGAAUGAGUUUAAGAAAGAAAUAGAUUUAACUGAAUUAUUGUAAUAAUCAGAAAAAGGAAAUCUUAUUGUUAUAAAAUUAUCAGAUGUUCUGUUAUUUUGCUUGAUAUUACCAAUUUCAUUCUUCACAAAAAGACCUAUUUAAGAAAAAUCAAUAGAAAUUGUGUUAUUUAGAAUUCUGCAUGAUUUUACUGAUAGCAUAAAAUUAUGUUUAGAUGAAAUUGUUUUCACGAAUUGGUAUCAUGGAGACUUGAUACCCUUUAAUGCUUAAUCAUUAGUAAGACGUGAUUAUGAUUUUGCAGAAUUUAAUAAUCAAGAUAUUUAAAUUUAUCAAUGCUAAUAUUCUGGUCUUUAAAAUGACAUUGGAAGCUGGUAAAUUAUUAAUUCUUAAUCCACAAUCCCCUAAAUUUAUAUAAUAAAAAGAUUAGAAAAGAUUAAAAUAGAAGACUUAUAUAGCACUUUUAACUCAUUUACUUAGGCCUUGUUGAUUCAAAUUAUCACCAAAUAAAAUCAUUGUAUAAUCCCUUUGAUUAAUUCAUUUAAAAAGGAGCAUUAAAGUGAUAAAAUUAGAACUCUUCUAAAUGAACUAUCAUUAAAAUUAAAUGAGGAAAUUAAAGAACAAAGGAAAACUCUAGUCUAAAAAAUCUUUAAAGAGUUAUAACGUUGGUUUAUUGGACGUAUUUUCUAGGACAACUCAAAAUAGCCAAAAGCAGAAGAGAUUGUGUAAUCAAUAUUCUAGUCAGUUGAAUUUAUUGAAAAUUAGCAACUACCUUUUAAAUUCCCGGACUCUUAAGAAUAUUAGAAAUAUACAAAGUAGUUUAAUGAACAUUUUGGGAUUAUUAAUAAAUAAUUUAAGCAAAUAUAGGGUGAAUUUAAAAAUUUGAUAGAUGAAUUAUAUUUCGAAUUAUGUCAGCAAUCAAUGUAUUCAGUUAAGAAAAUUAAUUUAAGAAGCUGUCGUAAUGA